AGAGUGAACAAUGACCAUAGAAUAGAGACCAAGUGGGCAUUUUUUAGCAAAGAAAAGUCAAUGAAUAAUCAUUGGGAAUGUUUCCAAAUUUGGCAAAAAAAACAGUGGUAUAUAACAGCUUUUAAAAACAGUUUAAAAAUAUUCAAUCGACGUCUCAGUGAUCGUGAAGAUGUGGAAGUAUAUUUCCUUAUUGGUUGUACUCACUGUCCAGGCGACUUUGGUCACAUCCACCAGGCCAUUUCUUAUGAGAGAGUGUGGUAAGAUAACGUGGUCUCAUAACCCAAGUUUGUGUCCAGGUUGGACGAGUUAAGCUAAUUACGCUUAUCGGCAAGAUCAAAGGCUGAGAUCUUAUCUUGCUAUGUGUCUUGUGUGUAGGACUGCAGAUGGCCAGCAGAGUUCCGAGGGAAAUAAAGCAAUUACGAUAUAAAAAUUAUAUAUGUUAAGGUUGAAUACGCGAAUGUUACUUAUGUGAAAGUUACUUUUUGUGAAAGCAAAUAAGAUCUCUUGUAGGAAGCCGAGUUACCCCUGUAAUGUCCAUGAAUCUCAAGGGGUCAAAUACUCUGGUUUAUGUGUCUCCGGAAAUUAGCAGCCCCUUUUUACAAACGGUGAUGUCAGCUAUACUAAGUCUGUUAUUUGAUCUCACUUCAAAAUGUUCACUAUUACAGUAGUUCUUGUUUUUAGAGUUCAUGAAACCACGAAGGUAGUAAAUUCGAUGUGACAGGUUGUCACUUUGUGAUCAAUCAGUUUUUCAGGGCUGUUUCUAUGUAAAGUCCAUGUGACACAUUCGAGGCGUGGCAUUUCUUUCCACUUUAGUGGUGCAAGCGAUCUUAGCGGUACACACAAUACGAGAUGUAGUACGAUAGGUGCUACUACAAGCGAUCUUAGCGGUACAGACAAUACGAGAUGUAGUACGAUAGGUGCUACUACAAGCGAUCAAAGGGGUCCAAUUGUCGUUAAUAUAUAUAUAUAUAUAUUUAUAUAUAUAUAUAUAUAUAUAUUAUAUGUGACUCGUCAAGAGCCCCACCCAGAUUUAUCUGGAGUUUUUAGGAAUCACUUCUUAUACACUAAAGAUUUCUUACACAUAGAUAAGUUAUGGCAUCUUUCCAAUGUAACAUUUUUCUGAUUAAAACAGACUGAACACAACACGUGACCGCUGUACACCACCUCGCUAUAAGAACCAAGGCUAAAAAUAGCAUCAUAAGAUUACACUUACAGUUUGAAUUUGGGAUGAGCUGUCAACACCUUAAAUGUUUGGAUCGAAUCUUAAUAUAUUGAAUAUUGGGAUCAGAUCUCUCGAAUGUUGAAAUCCGAAUUAGUACCUUGAAUGUUGAGAUAAGAUCUGAAUACCAUGAAUGUUGGGAUAAGAUCUAAAUACCUUGAAUGUUGGGAUAAGAUCUGAAUAACUUGAAUGUUGGGAUAAGAUCUGAAUACCUUGAAUGUUGGGGUCGGUCAGUUCUCAAUACAUUUCAUGUUUUGAGUCAGUUCUCAAUACCUUGCAUGUGUUGGAGUUAGUUCUCAAUACCUUGCAUGUGUUGGAGUCAGUUCUCAAUACCUUGCAUGUGUUGGUGUCAGUUCUCAAUACCUUGCAUGUGUUGGAGUCAGCUCUCAAUACCUUGCAUGUGUUGGAGUCAGUUCUCAAUACCUUGCAUGUGUUGGUGUCAGUUCUCAAUACCUUGCAUGUGUUGGAGUCAGCUCUCAAUACCUUGCAUGUGUUGGUGUCAGUUCUCAAUACCUUGCAUGUGUUGGAGUCAGCUCUCAAUACCUUGCAUGUGUUGGAGUCAGUUCUCAAUACCUGGCACGUGUUGGCGUGGAGUUCACAUCACUAAUAAAGGUAGCUAGUGGACGACUUUGUUAUAAACUCGUUGGCCAAUAUGAAAGUAAAAGAGAGAUCAGUUAUUCCUUUUUUCUGUUGUAAACUGUUAAACUGUUAAAUUUGAUAAGAUAAUGUUUUUUUUGUGUUUUUUUUUUUUUUUAAAUGGAGUCUUGUUUCGUUAUCUAAAAAUAUCCGAAUUAUUUCUUCAUCGUUAGACCCGGGUGGCUCGGACCGACUUGGUUCAAUCAACAAUAAACUCGUUGGCCAAUAUGAAAGUAAAAGAGAGAUCAGUUAUUCCUUUUUUCUGUUGUAAACUGUUAAACUGUUAAAUUUGAUAAGAUAAUGUUUUUUUUGUGUUUUUUUUUUUUUUAAAUGGAGUCUUGUUUCGUUAUCUAAAAAUAUCCGAAUUAUUUCUUCAUCGUUAGACCCGGGUGGCUCGGACCGACUUGGUUCAAUCAACAAUCUACAGGUGUCCCCUGACCCCAUCCGCAGUCCUGGCCAGAUAACAGUCAGUGUGAAUGGAUCAAUCGGAAGAAGUGUCCCAGCCGGAGGUAUUGAUGUCCGCCUGAGGGUCCAAAAGGAUGCUCUGGCCUGGGUCACCAUGCCCUGUAUUAACAACCUUGGCAGCUGGUGAGUCGUUGCUGUAGUUUUCGUUGGUUUCUAGCUUUAGUUACGCACAUUCUCACCAAAUAGUUUACAGCAAAUGCCACGAUAUCUUUGUUUUGGUCUUCUCUACAAUAACAAGGGCAGUUACUCGUAAACGUUUCCCUCUGAUAUAAAAAUCAAAGCUAGAGACCAAUGAAGAAGAAAAUCGAAAUGAUAGGCACAUGUUUAUUUCUUGACAUAAAAAUCAAAACAAUGGACCAGAGGUCGAAAAAUCGUGGCUAGCGAGCCGCAUGUGGCUCUUUAGCAACCUAAGUGCGGCUCGGCCAUUCGGUUACAAAUCGGGUUUGACUCCCAAAAAACAUAGUUCUUGACAUGUUCUUGGUAAGAAAUUUGGCUCUCAAAAUAUUUUUAAUUGCCUUGCUGCUGAGUUUUCGCUCUUUCCAACCACUGCAAUAUAUCAAUAGUUACACCCCAUACCACAAAAAUCAAUGAUAUAGGCCAAUGCUUUAUAUUAGCAGAUGCACAAUGCAUAAGUUAUUACUAAUUUUGAAAAUGCAUUUUCACACGUUAUUUCCUCUGUAUUUAAUUUAUGUCUCGCCUUUCUUCAUCUCUCCUCAGCACGUACGACUUCUGCACCCUCCUCCCCAGAGUCUUCCAGAACCACACGUGUCCCUACUCAACAAACUCAACCUCAGCAGGGCCGUGCACGUGCGACCAGCUCGUGCCAGGAGAUUUCGCCGUAAACAACAUGGUCAUUCCCAUACCGGAUGUCAGGCAUGAAGUAGCUUGGUCUCUGUUUGCCCUGGUAGGACAUCUUGUUCAUCACGCUACGAUAUAAUCAACCCCGUGGACAACGUAGUACCCCGGUAUUGUGGUUUGAGACCACAACAACAGUUGUGGUUGGCUUUUGGGGGCCGUAUUUAUUCGUCCUCAAGCUCUAGUGUAGUGAUAGUUAUAUCUACAGAUUCCAGUUAUUUCUGCUUUUGGUAGGACGUAUGUUACCCUACAAAUGAACAAGCCGUUUGGCUGCUAUGUGCAGGGGGAUAGAGUGAAAUACACAAAAGAUCGUUACUUUAUCUAACAAGUCGUAAUGACGAGCAAAGUCUAUGGCUCCAUGAUGGCUCCAAGAUGAAUGGUUAGCCGAUGAGUGAACCUUUUAUUGUAGUAAUAUUGACGCAGCUAGCACACAAUGUAAAAUAGUAACUGCAGUUCUUUAAGUGGUCAGUUAACUCGGGAUUACGCACUGAAACAAUGGCAUUACAGUGUUUUUAGGCAGCCUGGUUAUCGAAAGGAUAAAAUACGUCACUACGCCAUUUUUUGUAGGAAUCAAUCAUAACUUUCUUAAUUUUUGAGCGUAUUUGUAGGAAUCAAUCAUAAAUUUCUUAAUGUUUGAGAGUAUUUGCAGGAAUCAAUAAUAAAUUUCUUAAUGUUUGAGCCUAUUUGUAGGAAUCAAUCAUAAAUUUCUUAAUGUUUGAGCGUAUUUGUAGGAAUCAAUCAUAAAUUUCUUAAUGUUUGAGCCUAUUUGUAGGAAUCAAUCAUACAUUUCUUAAUGUUUGAGCCUAUUUGUAGGAAUCAAUCAUACAUUUCUUAAUGUUUGAGCGUAUUUAUAGGAAUCAAUCAUAAGUUUCUUAAUGUUUGAGCGUAUUUAUAGCAAUCAAUCAUAACUUUCUCGAUGUUAGAACGCUUUUGUAGGAGUCAACGAUAACGUUGUUCAUAUAUUUUACACGUCUUUGUGCGAAUAAAAUAUGUUUUCAUUCCGCUGAACUGUUUUGCAUUACACUGUUUUGCCAAUUCAGAAAUCCAUUCCAGAACAAAUAAAGUAAAAAGUUUCGCCUUGAGGUGACCGAGUGCAAUUCAUACCUCCGAGUUUGACUGAGGUCAGAUUUGUAUGGUCUGCAAAACACUUACCGUUUAAAUCCUAGGGUUGUUAAAAUAUGUUUAGAAAGUUUUUGGCUCUCAAAGUUCCAAUCUCCCAACACGCAUUUCGAGGUUAUCAUUGCAAAGAACUGCUAGUUUCAUUUCUUUCCGGGACAAACUUGGAAUACUACGUUAAUUUGGAUGGUAGUAGAGGGAUUGUGCAUUAUAUUCAAUGUAUCAAAGCUCUGCUUUAUUAUUCCACUAGGGCGACUACAGAGUGGAUGUGACAUUACUUGACCGUGCCACACAGUCGGAGAUCUACUGUUUACAUCUCGAGCUCACCUUAAAAGACCCGAAAGAAUGCAAGGGAUUUCUUUGCCACUUCUUUGGCUGAAAUGUUCCUUUGUUACAACUGGCAUAUCUUUGACUGUCAUUGGUCACAGAACUAACAAGCACAAAUUAACAACUCCAAGAACUCAAUAAUGGCUGAAAAUUAACAUUAGAAAAUAUUUAAGAGCGAUCACUUGACAUCAAGACAUGUGCAAAUACUUUUUAAAACAUCAAAAUAACAAUAGUACGAUUGACUAAAUAAGUACUAUGACUAGAAGACGUAACACAACCUUCACGAAAUAAGUACAUGACCAGAAAACCUAGCAUAACAAUGAAGAAACAUUAAAAUGUUCAGUUCAAAAUGAUGUGCAGGCAUAAGUCUUAUCGUCAGAUAUCUAUCUUAUAUUAAACAUUUUACUUAGGCCGCAACGAGCUAAAGAUGUGUCUAUAUACGUGUUGAAAGAUUUAAGUCUUUCAACAUAAGAAACCAAUCGUGUAUGUGAAAUUGGAACCCUGAGAUGGAUCCAUCUCAUUAUUAGUAAGUAUUCUAUUGUCAUACUUCUAACUUCAGCAAUCUUCAAUUAUAAAAAAAUGUAUUAUACAUAAUAAUAUAUAUACCUACUUCACCAGAUCUAUUGUGUUAUUUUCUUUCACAUCUACACCUAUCUGAUUUUUGUAUAUUUAUAUUUUUGUACAGUAGUUUAAAUAAAACGUCUAUCUUAAAGAAC